AUGCGUGUGAACGCAUCUAAAACGAAACUUCUGGUGCUUUCUCGUUCUCCAGAUCGUUACGCUGUGCAGAUGAACGGAGAAGCCGCGGAGCAGGUGGAGAAGUUCUUGUACCUCUGGGUGACAUUUCCUGGUGAUGCUGCUGAGUGUGGUGGUGGACUGUGCCGGGAAAUGGAAAUCGAGAUCAAAAUCGAAUUCGAAAUCGAAGCCACGAUUAGUGUGGCAGAACUGGUGGUAGUGGUCUGCUUUGUCUUCGUUCCAUUGCCGUCGGCUGGCCGCAGCGAAUGUCUGCCGGAGGGGGUCGAAAUCGACAUGCGAUGGGCAGAUACUCAGGCUCAACUCCAUUUUGCCCAGUCGCUGGCGUGCAGAAGUAUGUUGUCAACGACGGCGGCCACGACCUUCAAGUGA